AAAAUACUUGUCAAACUUGCCAUGCUGGAAGUUAAUUGCUGGAUUGUACUACUUGGUAGUAUUCAGAUGACAUGUGUGACGAAAUCCCUCUUUAAGAUUAACUAUAAAAAGCUGAAGUUUCCUUACAGUUCUAUUCAAUUUUAAAAGACUGUAAAGAAGUGAACUCGUAGUAAAAGUAAAAUAUACAAAAUGGGCUUGUGGUUGUCUAAAUUGUACGAUGUAUUUUCUGAAUUUUCUGGAUCAACACCAGCAAGAAUUCUUAUGUUAGGAUUGGACGCAGCAGGAAAGACAACAAUUUUGUACAAGAUAAAAUUAAACGAGAAUGUCCAUACAAUUCCUACCAUUGGCUUUAAUGUUGAGACCGUCAGUCCAGUGAAGGGUGUCAGCUUUACCGUGUGGGAUGUUGGUGGGCAGGAGAAAAUCAGACGACUGUGGCAGCAUUAUUAUCAAAAUACUGAAGGUCUGGUGUAUAUUGUUGAUAGUAAUGAUAAAGAGAGACUUUCGGAAGCUAAAGAUGAACUUGAUGGAAUUCUCAACAGUGAUGAAAUGAGAGGUGUUCCUGUUGUAGUCGUGGCCAAUAAACAAGAUUUACCACGAUCUAUGAGUCCAUCAGAAGUUGCAGAUGGUCUUGGUUUACCGAAAAUGACUGGAAGAAAGUGGUACAUUCAUGGAGCGUGCGCAACAACAGGUGAAGGAAUCUUUGAGAGCAUAAAGGAAAUGGCAAACUUAGUGAAAAAUAACAAAAAUGAAAGUAAAAUAGACAAAAUGGGCUUAUGGUUGUCUAAAUUGUACGAUGUAUUUUCUGAAUUUUCUGGAUCAACACCAGCAAGAAUUCUUAUGUUAGGAUUGGACGCAGCAGGAAAGACAACAAUUCUGUACAAGAUAAAAUUAAAUGAGAAUGUCCAUACAAUUCCUACCAUUGGCUUUAAUGUUGAGACCGUCAGUCCAGUGAAGGGUGUUAGCUUUACCGUGUGGGAUGUUGGUGGGCAGGAGAAAAUCAGACGACUGUGGCAGCAUUAUUAUCAGAAUACAGAAGGUCUUGUGUAUAUUGUUGACAGUAAUGAUAAAGAGAGACUUUCGGAAGCAAAAGAAGAACUUCAUGGAAUUCUCAACAGUGAUGAAAUGAGAGGUGUUCCUGUUGUAGUCGUGGCCAAUAAACAAGAUUUACCACGAUCUAUGAGCCCGUCAGAAGUUGCAGAUGGUCUUGGUUUACCGAAAAUGACUGGCAGAAAAUGGUACAUUCAUGGAGCGUGCGCAACAACAGGUGAAGGAAUCUUUGAGAGCAUGAAGGAAAUGGCAAACUUAGUGAAAAAUAACAAAAAGCACUGACUAAUCCCAUCUUUACACAAGUUAUGUAAAGAACUGAAAGAUGACAAGGAGACUCCAUGAUAUCCCGACACACAAACUCCUGGAUACAUCGAUAUCAAUCAGUGUGGUAACAGAAACGAAAAUAUCGAUCCCAAAUCAUAUUGAGGAGCAAUUGAAAUUAAUGGAUUGUGCAAUAUAUUUGAUAGAACUGAGAACGGUCAAUAAAACGAGUGUUAAUAUUGUGAUAUUUUAUAUUAUACUUGUUUUUGUUUGUUUGUAUGUAUUCAUAAAUAAAAAUCUACCAUCGGAAUU